UCCUUCCCCAUCUAUAUCUCAUUUCUUUGAAACAAAUGUUGCUCUGAACAAGCAUAAAUCAUCAAAUCUAAAACACAAUAGUGUCACAGAAUUUUAUUAUAUUGUUUUAACAGUAUAAAUAAAAACAUCUCCUGCUGACUAUGAAUCGACCAAUUUUUGGCAUAGUGUUGCAGUAACCUAUAGCAACCGCUUCUGUGUCAACAGAAAUCUUGGACAGCUCCUGCAGUCCAGGGCUGUGCAACACCAUUGGCUGCCUGAAUCAAUGACUUGCAAACUUGUUCAUCUAUUAUGCAUGUUAGUUCUCCUUUAGUGUGUUCUUGAACUCAUUCUCAGGUAUUUGCAGCUGGUCGCUGGAACUGAAGGACGGGCUCUCAUCCUUGAGAGCCCCAGUUGAGUUGACAAUGGAGCUGAUUGGAUCAACUCUGACAGCCCCUUAUGCUCGACCAAAGACCAGCCACUUCCUCCCCGCCAUCUCCACCAUGGCGGCCAGCUAUCGCAACCCUCACUCAGCCUUGGUGACGAGCCCUGGUGCCAAUUUGUGGAGAACCAGCAGCUACUACAAGAGCGGCAGCAGCCUCCCGUUAACGUCUCCCGUACAGCGGGAGGACUUUGAUCUGAUUCGAGCUAAGACCGCGAUGUACCCCACCAACAGGAGCGCUCUGACAGCCCGGUACACCCCCGAUGACUGGUACAAGUCCAACAACAACAACUACCGGGAGUCCGAGUCCUCCAGGAAAAGUGCGGAGCGACUGAGGAAGGACACCAUCAGGCUGAUGCAGGACAGAGAGCAGCUCACCAGAAGAACGCAGGAAAACACCAGCAAGAACAUUGCAGAGAGGGUCACUGACAUUGUCUUCUGGAGGUCUGAGUUGACUCAUGAGAUCGACAACAUGGUGACAGAGAUAGCAGCACUCAAUGAGGUGAAAAGGAGGCUGGAAAGAGCCUUGGCUGAGACUGAYGGGCCCUUACAGGUGUCUCAAGAGUGUUUGUACCACAGAGAGAAGAGGAUGUCCAUUGAUUUGGUGCAUGACGGUGUAGAAAAAGACCUAAUAAGGGAAGUAGAAGUUAUAAAGUCAUGUCAGGAGAGGAUGAGGCGCCAUUUGGACCGAGCCAUCGCACAGCUGGCGGCAAACCGAGCAGCUCAGCAUGAGCUGGAAAAAGACGUGAGUGAUAAAGUGACAGCWCAGAGGAUUGACGACAGAUGUCACUAUUUGAGAAACACAUCAGAUGGGAUUGGUUAUUACAGAGGCAUUGACAGGAUGGACCAUUCAGUUUCUCUGCCGGACUCAUGGUCCAAAUUCACAGAUGACAACAUCCUGCGCUCCCAGAGCGAGCGCGCUGCCUCUCACAAGCUCAGAGACGAGAUUGAAAUCCUGCUGAGCAGCACAUCCAACGAGAUGUGGAACCAGUUCAACAACGUCAACGUGGCCUUCACCAGCCGCAUCUCUGAAACCUCCGAUGCCAAGAGCAGCCUGCAGGCUCACCUGGCUAAGACUCUGCAGGAGAUCUUCCAGACUGAGAUGCUAAUUGAGUCUUUGAAGAAAGCGUUAAGAGACAAGGAGAGUCCUCUGAAAGUGGCCCAAACCAGGCUGGAGGAGAGGACCCGAAGACCUAACGUGGAGCUGUGCAGAGACAACCCCCACCACAGACUUGUGAGCGAGGUGAGAGAAAUCGAGGACACCAUCCAGAAACUGCAGGAYAGACUGAUGGAGGCAGAGAACACGCUGCAGACUCUGGUCAGGACUAAAGUCACCCUGGAGCARGACCUGUCCGUCAAGGCCAACUCUCUGUUCCUGGACCAGGACAGGUGCAUGAGCAUCCGCAAGACCUUUCCCAGCAUGCCCCGCCUGGUGGGAUACAGCUAAAAUAAGACUCGGAGGAGGGAUAUAAAUCAGCCUGAAAGAUAUCAAACUUUGGUUUGUAGUGAAUUCWUUUUUGACCCGUAUUUGGAUGGUUUGAAUGUGGAGAAGGUUAAACCUAUAUAUAAAUAAAAACCACACUGUGUCUGUUUCUUUGACUUUUCUAAAAACUAAAAAUGCGUUGUUCAAAAAUACCUUAUUAUUCUCAGUGAUCGUUCUCACAAGCCUUAGACUGAUGUUUGAGAAGGMCUGGGAUCUGAUUGUCAAAGACUAAGUAUGGUAACAAAAACUAAAAAAUAAAUAAAUAAAAACAAAA